AUGUGUUUCCCUCAUCGUUUGUGCCUCCUACUUGUUGUGCUCCAGGCUACUUGUGUUCGGCAAGCCUCCUCCUUUGCUUCAUCAGCUGUCCCGCACCCAACUGCCGCCGAUUUUCGGUUCGACGCAUGGUGUGAUGCCAAUAGUAUCUACAGAGUGGGAGUGCAAACUGUCACAACUCCCCUGAGUCUAGGAGGUCGAGGUUUAUUUGCGACACGGGAUCUUCCGAAGGGAUCCGUGGUGGCAUCCAUACCGGCGAAUCUUGUAAUUGUUCAAGAAGGUGACGAGGAAUGGCAGAUUUCCUUGACCAAUCAAGUCAUGGGCUUGAAAGACGACACUAGCAACGAAUGGAUUCAAAGUUGGAAAGGAUGCGGGGCACUGGACAUUGAGACUUUACUCAACAAUCCAGAUAACCAAGACACAAUGAAAAAAUUCGUCGGGAGCAUUGCAGGGCAAGGAGCAAUAACCCACAACGGCGCCAAGAAAGAAUUGACGGAACGGCUUGAAAACUACAGCAAACGCCUUGGAAGUUUGUCGGCAGAAGAAGAUACCUCGAAAUGGUACUCUUUGGUCCUUUCGAGAUCUGCAUACCUGGGCAAAGAAUGGGGUUUCAAAGCCGGGGCUGUGCCCUUUUUUGACAUGCUGAACCACUGCCAUGAUGCUAGGAGUGCCAAUACGGAGCUGGUGACUUUUGGAAGCUGUUUGGACAAAACCAAGGAAUCCUCCAACGAAGCAGACAGUUCUGGACUGCAGCGGAAAGAUAUGCUGCUCGUCCUCACAAAGGACGUGAAUGAAGGGCAAGAGCUUUUGACACAGUAUGAGAAAGCUGUCACUAGUGAGGAAGGCCAGCUGAAACUAUGGAUUCAAUACGGUAUUCCCCCUCCUUGA